AAGGUUCAUUUCUACGUUUCCACUUUUUCCAAGAAAGUAGGCCGAAUAGCAGUCGAGAGCGAGCGCUCAUUUCUCACCUACCCCCGCCCCACCGGCUCCCUCCUUCAUCCUUCGUUUCUCAACGAAAUCUGACCGGAGACGAGAAGGCGAGACUAUGAGCGGCGGCUGGUUUCUAAGAAAUGGUGGGAAGCGCUGCCUCCAUGGACUGGUGGGGAGAUAUUCCAUACCGAACUUUUGUGUUUCAAUAGAAGCCCCUUUUCUAACAAAGCAACAGUCAAGAGCUUACUCUCCAACACCCCUUCUUCUAUUCAGGAAGCUCAAGGGGUCCGGCAUCUCUACUUCUUUUUAUUCUUCAUCUUUGUGUUCUUCGUCUUCUUCUCGCUCUUCUUCUUCUUCUUCUUCUUCGACGACUAGUAGUUUUGUUGGAUGGUAUUUGGGCAUGAUCGGAUCCCAUCCCGUUCUCACGAAAAGCAUCACUUCUGCCCUUAUUUAUACAGCUGCCGACUUGUCCUCUCAGAUGAUCUCGGAAACAUCUUCAGAAUCUUUUGAUUCAAUAAGAACACUACGUAUGGCUGGAUAUGGAAUGUUUGUUUUGGGACCAUCACUUCACUUCUGGUUCAACUUUAUGUCAAGAGUCUUUCCAAAGCGGGAUAUGGUUACUACCUUAAAGAAAAUUGUUAUGGGGCAGACUGUUUAUGGACCUACAAUGACUGUUAUUUUCUUUUCUCUGAAUGCAUCUCUACAAGGUGAAAAUGGUGCUGAGAUUGUAGCCAGAUUGAAGCGAGACUUGCUUCCAACACUGAAAAAUGGUCUUAUGUACUGGCCCAUGUGCGACUUUGUCACAUUUAAAUUCAUUCCUGUCCACCUACAGCCAUUAAUAAGCAAUUCAUUUUCCUAUCUAUGGACAAUCUAUAUGACAUACAUGGCAAGCUUAAAGAAGGCAAAUGCAGAGUAGUACCUCAGCUGAUUGCACAUCUUUGUCAGGUCUGGGUGUUUGCUCAUGUUAGGGAUCUCAGAUGGCUCAACCAGAACUUAUAUCUAACCUUAGCUGCAUACGAGAUAAAUGUAGCUUCCUUUUUUUUCAGUUUCUUUUGGGUUCUGUUUUUGGUCUUUUGGGGGUUUUGGGGGCGGGGGCGCUCCGUCCGAUUCUAUCUACUAUCCAAGCGGCAGGAAAGAUAGGCUAGGAGAAUGUGAAGUUCAUAGGAGCAGAUACAAUUUUCAGUUGGAUCAGGUCUUGAGAACGAGGUUCAAACAUCUAGCUUACAAGUUACAACAACUUUACGUGUUGAUGAGAAGGUGAAGUACAUUAUUAGAGGAUUUACACAAUUGAGAUAAUCAUUUUGUACAAAUAAAAAAUAAGGAAGAAUUUAUGAUUUUCUGAUUAUUUCUCUCUUAGAUGUUGUAUUCACAUCGCUUUAUA